CGGGGGGGCCGGGCUCUAGGCCAGGCUGCAGCUAAGACCCGCAGUGGCAGCAUGAGUGAAGGGGAGCGGGGCGGGGGAGGCCUUGGGCUGCUUUGGGCGGCGGGUGGGGGCAAGGGGCUGGCGGGCCGGAGUCCCGGGUCCAGGCCUGGGCUUUGAACCGCGGUCUGUGUUUCCCCGCAGCGCGGCCCGUCCCGUCCUCGCCAUGAGGCCGCAGCAGGCGCCGGUGUCAGGAAAGGUGUUCAUUCAGCGAGACUACAGCAGUGGCACACGCUGCCAGUUCCAGACCAAGUUCCCUGCGGAGCUGGAGAACCGGAUUGAUAGGCAACAGUUUGAAGAAACAGUUCGAACUCUAAAUAACCUUUAUGCAGAAGCAGAGAAGCUUGGCGGCCAAUCAUAUCUUGAAGGUUGUUUGGCUUGUUUAACAGCAUAUACCACCUUCCUAUGCAUGGAAACUCAUUAUGAGAAGGUUCUGAAGAAAGUCUCCAAAUACAUUCAAGAGCAGAAUGAGAAGAUAUAUGCUCCACAAGGCCUCCUCCUGACGGACCCCAUUGAGCGAGGACUGCGAGUUAUUGAAAUUACCGUUUAUGAAGAGGCAUGAGGAGUGGAAGAUAAACCAUAGAAUUAAAGAUCCCACUUCCAGCCGGGCCCCUCAUGUAUCCACUGGCCGACCGCAGAGUGUCCCUACCUCCUCUCCAGAGCAUCAUUCCUUUCUAUCUGCUGCCAGAGACACGGUGCCAUUUACUCCAAGGACUCACUUUCUACAAUUCCACACCUGGAGUGACCUUUCGUCGCUCAGCAUCCACUUUGUGUCUCCAACUUGUGUAGGACUCUGUAAUAUUCUGAUUAGUUCCUGAGAAAACGCAAUGAAGCAUUUCACUUUUUUAUUCAGAGCCAUUUAAUAAAACACGCAGUU